AUGAGCCUACCCAUCCCCUCUACUUCAGGGGCUCCCAUCGAUCCGAAACAACUCCAAGCCAUGGACGCCCCACUCAUUGCCUUGACCAACAGUUGUGGUGGUGAUUUGCGACGACUAUAUUUUGCGUUCUUUUCCUUUCUCCACCGCCGAACUGAUUUUUACUUGGUGCCUCAUGAGGAUGACGUCAAGGCGGGAAAGUACAUGGGUUUUCCGGAAGGAGAUGCCGAAAAGUUUCUCUUGGCCGCCUUUCGUCAAUUUCCAUUGCGCAAAAUUCCAAAGGGAGGACCUCAACGACCAGGAGCAGGGCAGCAAAAACCAAAAUCACCACCAGCAGCCCCAAAGGCAGCAGCACCAACAACCUCAAAGACAGUUGACAAAGCGCCCACCAAAAAGGAAACUCCCAAAGAGACACCCAAAUCUGCACCAGCAUCAGCAGCAGCAUCAGCAGCAGCAUCAGCAGCAUCAGAAGCAAAGCCCAAAGAAGAAGCAAGCAGCACCGUUGAUGAGAAAACUCCUGCUGCAGCUUCGGACUCAUCAUCAUCCAAUGACGAUAAAAAUACAACACCUACUGCCAAGAAUAUGGAAGGCGUUCGGUACAAUGAAGAGGGCUUGCAGAUCCCUAUAGGAAAUGGUGGCUCGACUCCCAAAUACAAGUGGACCCAAAUGAUUGAUGAAUGCAGUGUCUUGAUUGGAGUGCCACCCGAAUUGAGUUCUGCCAAGGAUUUAAACAUCAAGAUUACACCUAAUUCCUUGAGUGUCAAGACCAAAAAGCCACUGUCCGGACAAGAGGAACCGCUGACUAUCGUCGAAGGAAAGCUAAGCCACAAAAUCCGAGCUGACGAAUCUACCUGGAGCAUGGAAGGUGGCGUGGUCAUUGUCACACUGGACAAGCUGGAAAAGACAUUUUGGAAGAAUAUUUUGGUGGGGGACGAAGAAAUCGAUACCGAGGAGGUGGACAAUCGACGAUACAUUUCCGAGUAUGACGAUGCGACGCAAGGGAAAAUUCGUCAGAUUAUCUUUGAUCAAAAUCAAUAUCACCUGGGGGGCAAGACAUCGGACGAGAUUUUGGGUGAAAAGGGUGGCAAUAAGCCCAAGAUUCCGACAAUUCCGGCAAUGCCACCAGGAGUCGAGUACAUUGAUCAGAAAAAGUUGGACCAAGUAGAGGGACAAAAGGCAACAGCGAAAAGUGCUAAUGGUGGAGCCAAGCAGGCGACGACGACGACUAAAGCAGAUGGGACGAAGCAAAAAUAUACAAUCGAUCUAGAUAAAAAGUAA